UGCAGUAGAUAACAGGCUGAGGACAAACAAUGGCUUCUAUCACAGAGGAGGAGUUCGGGGUGACGAAGACCGGAGAACAUGUCAGCAGAUACACCCUUACGAAUGGCAAUAAUGUCCUUGUCCGCGUCUUGAACUACGGCGCCACCAUCACUGACAUCCUUGUGCCAGAUAAACACGGCGACGUUGACGACAUCAGUCUCGGCUUCGACGAUAUGACAGGUUACGAAAGCAACGCAAUAUUCUGCCUUGGCUCUAUCAUUGGACGGUAUGCUAACCGUAUUAAGGGAGCUAAAUUCUCAUUGGACGGGGAAACGUACAACCUUACAGCCAAUCACGGGGAGCAUCUAUUACAUGGCGGCGUGAAAGGCUUUGACCAAGUCGUCUGGAACACCAAUGUUGUGGACGGCAAGAAGCUUCAGCUGAGAUACGUCAGCGACGAUGGCGAGGAGGGCUUCCCGGGUGAGGUGACGACAACUGUGACGUACGAGCUGACAGAUGACAAUCAACUGUUCAUUCAGUACGAGGCUAACACCACGAAAGCCACGCCCAUCAACCUGACAAACCACGCCUACUUCAACAUGGCCGGACAUUCUGCCGGCCACAUUGACGACCACGUUGUCAGAAUUAACUCUGAUGCAUACGCCGUCCUCGACGACACUCUCAUACCUACAGGUGAGCUAAAAGAUGUUGAUGAAACCCCUUACGACCUGCGGAGUCCUGUACGGCUGGGAGAUCAUAUGACGUCAGUUCCGGGUGGAACAGGAUAUACUGUCAGCUAUAACCUGGAGGAGUCGGGGAACCUGAAACAUGUAGCAAGAAUGGAGCACCCUCCAUCAGGGCGGGUCCUGGAAGUAUCCACAACCGAACCAUCGGUCUUAUUCUACACCAGCUACUACCUCGACGCCAAGGACAAGGGAAAAGAUGGCGCCACUUAUGGGAAGUUUACAGGGUUCUGUCUUGAAGCCCAGCAUCACCCAGACAGUGUAAACCAGCCCAGUUUCCCAAGCACCAUCCUCAGACCCGGCGAGACUUAUAGACAGACAACCGUCUACAGAUUCAGUGUAGACGCCCAGUAGACCGGCGAACGUCUAGUGACUCCUUGGAGAGGUCCCCGACACUGCGCCUCCUCUCCAUGUUUCCUGGGCCCAUGUUACAGGCAGUCAGAGCGACCUGCACACCGCUACAGACAUUACUCCUUACACGUAUUUGACUUAUAUACCCGUAUAUAUAUAUAUAUAUAUAUAUAUAUAUAUAUAUAUGCUCAGUUCAAACCUAUGUGCGUUGUAUUUCGUAAGGCAAAGUUUGUUAUCCUGUGUGCCCACACUGAUUAGAAAUUAAAGUAAUACUUUCCACUGA